UGCAUUAAUUAACAGAAUGGCUACAAGGAAACUCAGUGUAGCAACACUACUGCUCGGCUGCUUGGUAUGUGCCGUACACUCAGCCGCUUUGGCACCUGUGGUGGUGAAUAUAACCGAUGUGAGUGAGCCUGCGCCAAUAAGGGAGACGACUUCAACAACUGUCACGCCGCUUAGCACCACUGAAACCGUUACCAGCACUUCAACAGAGACGCAGAAGUCGACAGCAGCGCUACCGGUUAUUGUGGAUGAGCCCACCGCCCACGCAGAACAACAAGCUGAAGAAGGACGUUCGGUUGCACCGAUCGUUGCAAAGGAGUUGGAUGGUCGCAGUGCUUACAUAAAUAAUCAAUAUGUUGCUGAUGAAGAACCAUUAUCGUACAAUGACACCUCGCCACCGCUAUAUCAAUUCCUACAGGAACGUAUGGAGCAAAUACUUGCCUCCAGUUUACCUGGUGAAUAUCAUUUGGAGACUAAUGCUGGCAAUAAGGAGUCCACAGCGACCAGUGGUGCUGUUGGUAAGGAGAUGACCAAUAACGGUUAUGGCAUGCCAGCGCUACAAAACUCUAUAAACAGUCCAGUAUUUGCUUAUGGCGGCACAAAUUUUGAAGAGGACGAUGAUCUGGUGGGCUCUUAUGGCAAGAUACAGGAUGAAAAAUUCUAUCAUGGCACAGCGCCUACUAAGCCAAGCACAUUGGAAUUACCGAAACCAAUUAAGAUGCACACUGUAGUCGUGCGUCCGAAAUUGCCAGCAACCACAACAACCACAUCCACCACAGAGUCACCGAAGACAUCGAAUACCGGCGGUUAUGGUCUGCAAUUGUCAUUGCCGGCGGUUAGUACAUCACAGCAAUAUAAGCCACAAGUGACAACGAAUGGCGGUUAUGGCACACACAACGCGAAUUACAAACCUCCUGUAAAGGAGGAAUUUUAUACACCGCCCACACCGAACAAAUACACUUAUGUGCGCCAAAAUAGCACUGUGCAUAUGCGGAAGCGGCGCAUCACAUUCAAAACGGUCGCUUCGGCCUCGCAAAUCAUCUCCACUCCAAUGGCGGAUUUGAUGUUUAAAUAUUCGAUUGGUGUAGCGAAGCCGUCCAUGGCGGCAGGUGGCAACUCCUUGUACGAGCAGGAUGAUCAGCCAAUACGUAACAUCAUAUCAAAUGGCUACAAUGGUAAUUUGGAUAUGCCAAAGCAAAGCUAUGGCGGUAAGAUAUCGCACAGCAGUCAUCGAAAGAACUAA